GACGAAAAGUCGGGUGUUAUAAAUCCCUGAAGCGAAGCGAAAAUUUGAACACAAGAAAUUGAUAUCCUCUCGCAUGGCAAAGCCGCUGCUGUCAGCAAGUUCAACAUCAGUCAUGGCGAGAGAAAUUCCCAGCGAGUUCGGCCUCGAUAUGGACAUGCGUGAUCCUAACAGCAUCAACGAACAUACCAAGGUGCUGUUCGAUGACGUGUUCGCAGAGCCGGAAGGAACGCACAGCGCGGACGGUGUCUGGCGCUGGUCCUUCAAGUGUUACAACGGGAGUAAGUCCUGCUGUUACAAGACCCUGACGUACAUCUGCGCCCUGCCCAUCGCCUGCUGCUGGGGCUGCGAGUUCGCCUGUCUCAGCUUCUGUCAGAUCUGGGCCAUGGUGCCGUGUAUCAAGACCUGCAACAUCACCCUGGCGUCCGUCAAGCAAGUCUGGAGUUCUCUCGUGCGCACCUGUCUCGAUCCCUGCAACGAGUCUUGUGCUCUCUGCCUCAGCAAUAUCAGGAUCACCCAGCAAUCGGCAUAGAGACUGGCUAGCAAAUAAACGUACUGAAAUGCAUGCAGUUAUCAUUUGAUUUGGUGGACACCUUUCCACGGUGUAAAAGUUUAAUUUUAAACGCAGCUUCUGUGCCUAAGUUCUUCUCCGUUUUUCUUAAACCUUCUAGUACAAGUGGCCUCCUACUUAAUUAAAGAACUUUUUUGUAAUCAUUGAAAUACCUAGUGUGCCUUUUGUACUAUCUGAUAUAUGUUUAGGAUGCAUGGGAGGACAUAAGCAUAUUUUACUAAUUUUCUGUAUGAUAAUACUGUAUCAUACCGACAUGCGUAUGUUUGUAAAUGUAUCGUUGUUGUGACCUGGACUUAGCAAAGUUGGGAAAAUGUAACUCUCUUCACUUGUUGGCGAAAGUCCAGCAGUUACUACGUGUAUAACUACUUCAGGUGUACAACAAUAGACAUUCCUCGCUGAAGGUUACACAUCCAGAUGAUUAAAAAGUCCUCCCGUUUACAACAUCUA